AUUUUAACUCGCUCAGCACCAACAAGAAUUCUACAAUCAGCUCGGAUAUGGAAAGAAACGAGCCACAAACUUCUUCCUGUCCAAAACCAAUCCAGUUUCGACAGAAACUAACGCCGAAAAUGUGGACGCGUGAAGAAGUGCUCGUGUUGCUCGAUAUCUACGAGGCAACAUUUCUGCAAUCAAGCAAUGAAAGUGAGGACGAGCUAUGGAACACCGUGUCACUAAAGCUGAACAAACAGGAAAUCCAAGCGUCUCCAGCGCAUUGUAAAAGCAAAUGGAGCUUACUGUACAAGGCGUACAUAGCUAAUCCCAACAGUCAGGGCGCUUUCUUCAAGAAAGUGAAGCAAAUAGUGGAAACUUUUGCACAAAUGGAAACAAUCGAUGAAAUAGAAGAAACGGACCUGAUUAAGGAAGAAAGACUUGAAACUGUCAGUGAGGAAGAGGUUGACAGUGCGGAAACCCCACAAAUAAAUCCCGAUUCUUUUCCGGUGGAAAGAAUCACAGAAUCAUCGGUCCGCGCUGAAGCUGUGAGUUUCAACUCGUUAAUCGAAAAGUUAUGCAGCAAGAUCGAUGCUCUUACCGAGAUACAGUGCCGACAAGAAGUACGAUUAGAGCAGGUUUAUCAAAUGCAAAGAGUUAAUCAUGAUCAUUUAUUGGAAAUAAAGAAACAUCUGAAUAUAGUUUAA